UGUGUAGUAUUAUGUUUUUAAUCUCUUGUACAUAGCAAUGUUCGUAAAUCCGUACAAUGCGUUGAUAACGAUUAUCAAUACAGCAAUACAAGUCAAACUGAAACGAAACUACUAAAGAGUUAUUAUUAUUGUGAUUUGCGACAGUCGUAAGUGUUAUUUACGUUCAGUUUUUUCUGAUAAACUUUACUUGAGAGGCGUACUUCUGAGCAGAUAAUGGUCGAUUUUCCGGGAAAGCGGGAUGGUGCUAAAAAAUCUGGCCGAUCCGGCUGUGGGUUAUCCAGUGUCGAUAGAUACGAGUUAGAAUGGCGCAAUAUUGUUACCAUUGCAAAUGAAGAAAAACUCUACGAUCUUCGCCAUGCAGCAGUUCGGGGCGACCUGCGGGUUUCACCAUUUCGCAGUAUAUGCUGGGCAGUUUUCCUAGGAGUUCUUAAGCCACCAUCGAAAGAGUGGGCCGAUCAGCGUAGGUUGCAUCGAGUCCAGUAUCACGAGUUAAAGAGCAGAUACAUGCUAAAUCCACACCUCAACUCGAAUGGCAGUGAUGACCCGCUAUCACAGUCUAAGCAGAGCCUCUGGAAUCAACACUUCUGCGAUCAAGAGCUGUGUGCCGUGAUCAAACAAGAUGUGGUCCGAACUUUCCCCGGAGUAGAUUUUUUUCGCAAGAACCCAGUGCAGGAGAUGAUGAUAAAUAUUCUUUUCUGCUACGCAAGAAAGUACCCAGAUAUGUGCUAUAGGCAAGGAAUGCAUGAAAUUCUCGCUCCAUUGAUAUUUGUAAUUCACAGUGACCAGCAAGCCUUGGCGCAUAUCCAGGAAUUGGAUCCGUCUGUCGAUCCAAGCCUCGUUACAAUACUGAACCCGGAUCAUUUGGAAGAAGAUUCUUUUGCUAUAUUUUCCAAAAUAAUGGACCGGAUAUCGUCAUUUUAUCGGAUCGCAGAUGUCGUUCCAACAGCAACGGGCUAUUUUCCAGUAGCUGUUGCUCCUACACCUUCCAGCCCAGACGGAGGUGCCAGUUUCCGUCGAAGACCCGAAAUCGAAGUUAUCGAACAGUUAAACUACGUGAAGAAUAAAAUACUCAUUAAAGAAGACCUCCACCUACACAAUCAUCUCCUAAAGCUGGACAUACCGUUAGCAAUCUUCGGCGUUCGUUGGCUCCGAUUGCUGUUCGGAAGAGAGUUUUCGUUGCAGGAUUUGCUACUACUCUGGGAUGCUAUCUUCGGCGAAGGUGACGAGUUAAGCCUUGUAAAUUACAUCGUGGUCGCAAUGUUGAUUCGAAUCCGAGAUAAAUUGAUUUACAGCGAUCACACCACUUGCCUAACAUAUUUGAUGCAAUAUCCAACAAAUGUGGACAUUUCUUUAGUAAUACGGCAUGCUCUGCAUAUGAAAUCUCCCAAGAUUUACGAACGUCCAGCUGGCGCAAUGAUAUACAUAUCAUCUCCAGCUGCAAAGAAACCCGCUCAGCAGCCUGUGAUGCGUUCCAAGAAUAUUGAAAUGGAAUAUAUAAAAUAUUCAACUCUGCCCAAUGUUCACAAACGCCCGCUGAAGCCCGAUCUUUCACUUGAUUGCCGAAAUGAGCGUUCUCGAACCAGCUCUCUACCGCGAAAUUCUGGAUCCCAGCGUAAAACGACUGCCCUAGAGCUUCGAGAAAAGGCAAUAAGCGCCGCAAAACAGGCCGCCGCUGCUUCCAGUCAAAGUGAACAAUUACAUCCUUCCAAUAUUAGUGAUGGUUAUUUCGAAGAUGACCCCGAACUUUUAAAGCUUGAGCUCCAAGAAGCUUACAACAUCAUGUCGGUUAGCCGUGCUAAGCUUUUGCAAUAUCUCAGUGUCCUGCGGCAUCAUGUACGGCCGUCAAAUCCUACGGGAGAACUCCAACAAUCACUGGAAGGAAUCGAGGAAAUCUGCUCUUUACUGAAACCUCGGUAUGACAAUGUAUUCCGUACGCCAGUACCAAUCGACGCCGCAACAGAAGCCAACGAAGACCAGUCUCAACAGAAUCGUGUUACUGCAACGCAACGAACGCAAAUACCACCCACUAGCCUUAAUCUGCAACGUUCCUAUAAUUAUGACCUAGACUGCCGGCGGAACAGUGCAGCUUCAAUAUCGCAGUAUGAAAUUCCCGAAGAUCGUUACAGUGGAAUCGCAACGAAAAAACUUGCAAAUAGAAAAGAAGUCGAAAUGCAUGUUUUUCAACAAAACUUUACUGAUCGAAACCGGCGAAUAGACGAUAAAGAGAUACCAUUAGCGGACCCACUCUAUGCGGUUCGCCAAGACUCGGAUUAAAGAAGUGUUUUGACUGAUUUUGGUCAGACGUGCGGAAAUUUGUGCAUUUUUAAAUUGCAUCACCUAAACUAGUAUUAGUAUUAAUUUUCUACACGAAAUAUGUAGUGAUAAACUGUUUCCUCGAACAAAAACAAUAAUCUAUUCAACUCUGUGUAACGGUCUUACUUUAAAACAUUUCCAGUUUAUACGGUUUAUACGAAUGUUAUGUUGAAAAUUUUCAGUAAAAGCCAGCAAUAUACGUUAUAUACGUU